AUGUCCGCUACGAUGAGGUCGACCGGAUUAGUCCGCGGAACACCUGCCUUCCGGUCUGCGCUGAUCAGCCGUAGUCGUUCCAGUGCACUGAGCCCGGCCUCCGUUGCAGCCCGCGGCCUUCUACGGAAUGGCCGUGAUCUGCCAUCCCAAGUGUCGGCGCUUGCUAUCCUGAUCCCACAGCGUGGAUAUGCGACCGAGAAAUUCACAUCGAGCAACUCUUCACAGAAUUAUCCUCCCCCCGGGUUCAAUGCAGAGCAAGCCAAGAAGCCGCUCUCCCAAGAAGAGACCACGCAGUCACAAUCUACAGUUACUAAGACUCAACCCACCGAGACACAGUCAGCUGUUAGCAAGCCAGCGCCCGCUGGGGUUGUCACAAAGACAACUCCAGAGGACCAGAAGUUGGCCGAGAAGAAGAGUGCGAAAAAGUUGACACUUGGACAAAAGGUCAAGAAAGAGUUGCAGCACUACUGGGAUGGCACAAAGUUGCUUGCCACUGAGGUCAAGAUUAGUUCGAGACUGGCGUUGAAGAUGGCCGGUGGCUACGAGCUCAGUCGCCGAGAGAACCGCCAGCUCCAACGUACUACGAAGGAUCUGGGACGUCUGGUUCCAUUCUCGAUGUUCCUCAUCGUUCCCUUUGCCGAACUCCUUCUCCCCGUUGCCCUGAAGAUCUUCCCCAACUUGCUCCCCAGCACUUACGAGGGGCAGAAGGCCCGCGAGACCAAGGCGUUGAACCUGAGCUCGACCCGCAAGGAAGUUUCCGGAUUUUUACGCAACACUCUGCGGGAGACCGGUCUACCUUUCACCGCAAGCACUGUCAAGAACGAUGAAUUUACAGACUUUUUCCGCAAGAUCCGCACCACCGGCGAAUCGCCCUCAACAGAGGAUAUCAUCAAGGUUUGCAAGAUCUUCAAGGAUGAUCUUACCCUCGACAACCUUUCUCGGCCCCAGCUGGUUGGAAUUUGUCGCUACAUGAACCUGAACUCCUUUGGUACCGACGCCAUGCUCCGAUACACCAUCCGACACCGCAUGCGCCAGAUCAAGCGUGAUGACCGUGCGAUCUUUUACGAGGGUGUUGAUUCACUCUCUGUUCCAGAACUGCAGAUGGCCAGCGCCUCGCGCGGAAUCCGCACACACGGCGUCUCCCCCGCGCGCCUGCGCGAGGAUCUCGGCAUGUGGCUUGAGCUGCGUCUCAAGCAGGGUGUUCCCUCCACUCUGUUAGUUUUGAGUAACGCCUACCUAUACACCCAGGGCGGCAAGGAGUCCGAGAUGGCAUCGCAAAUCGAUGCGCUCAAGUCUGUGCUCUCCAGCAUUCCCGAGGAGUUGUUCCACGAGAUCGAGCUCGAGGUCCACAAUGCCGAGGGAGCUGCUACCAACAAGCAGCGUCUUGAGGUUAUCAAGGAGCAGGAGGAGCUGAUCCAGGAGGAGAGCAAGCAGAACAGCGAGAACGAAGGCAAGGGUGUUGCCGCGCCUAAGGAUAUCGAGGAUAUUGACGAGAAGGAGGAGGCCAGGAUUGAGGCUGCAGCUGACGGUGUUGAGAAGCAGACUACUGAGGCUAAUGAGGCCAUGGUAGAAGGUGAGCGCGCCGAGAAGACCACCGAGAAGACCACCGAGUCCAAGGAGGCGAAGAAGAGCGAAAGCUUGUAG